CAGAAGUGGGUGGGGCUGAAACUGUAAACACCAACUGUGCCUGUCUGCUUACUUUCUGACUUAUUAAUGAGAUAAAGUAGCUAGCUGGUGAUAUGUCGUGUGAUAGCUAGCUAAGCUUAACAUGAAAAUGUUUCUUUAACCUAUAAAAUCUGAAGCGCAAGAUGCGAUGCUAUCUUCACACAUUUCUCCUGUGCAUGAUCUUCGUCUUCUUUUCCUUUUUGUAUGUGUUCAAUCAGCUAGCCUCCACCUUAGAGGACAGAGACGGGUGGAGAGUAAAAGAACACGGAAUACCCGGCAGGAAAAGUCAUGACACCGGGCACCUUCUCAGGAAAAGGCCAGGCCUGGAAGGCCUCCGAGACCGCGAAGAAGGGCUUGACAGGUGUAAGUCACAGUCAGUUUCUUACUGGAAACCAUAUUGGAGACUGCCUGCUGAUGUUUGUGGAGUGAACUGCUUAUUGGAAUCAUCUUUUAGUGAGCGGUUAAACUCUGCAGUGAAGGCAGGAAGCAGGGAUGAGAGGAGUCACCUGGCUGUUGUGGCCUGUGGCCCCAGGCUAGAGGAAACAAUCACCAUGUUGAAGUCUGCUGUUCUCUUCAGCAAAAAACCUCUGCACUUUUACAUCUUUGCUGAGGAUGAACUUCACAAGAGUUUCAGAAACACUCUGGAAUCGUGGCCUCGGAGAGUUCGGGCAAGGUUUAAUUCCACCAUCUACCCUAUCACUUUUCCCAAGGAGAAUGCAAGAGAAUGGAAGAAACUCUUCAAACCCUGUGCCUCUCAGAGGCUUUUUCUGCCACUGAUUCUGAAGGAGGUAGACUCCUUGCUUUAUGUAGAUACAGACAUUAUUUUUCUGCAGCCAGUAGAAGACAUGUGGGCUCUGCUUUCUCAGUUCAAUUCAAGCCAAUUAGCUGCCAUGGCUCCAGAACAUGAGGAACCACGUAUCGGCUGGUACAAUCGUUUUGCCCGCCACCCUUACUACGGCAAGACAGGCAUCAACUCAGGGGUCAUGCUCAUGAACAUGACACGCCUCAGGGAAACAAUUUUCAAGAAUGACAUGACAACAGUUGCACUAAAGUGGGAGGAAAUGUUGAUGCCCCUUCUCCAGAAGUAUAAGCUCAACAUCACCUGGGGUGACCAGGACCUUCUUAAUAUCAUAUUCCACCAUAACCCAGAAAGCCUGUAUAUGUUUCCCUGCCAGUGGAACUACCGUCCAGACCACUGUAUCUAUGGCAGCAACUGUCAACAGGCUGAACAAGAAGGUGUCUUUAUUCUCCAUGGUAACAGAGGAGUUUAUCAUGACGACAAACAGCCAGCAUUUCGAGCUGUCUAUGAAGCAAUUCAGAAGUACCAAUUCGGCGACAACUUGGAGACCUCACUGCUUCGACCGCUGGAGACGUCGCUGCAGACAACCACCCACACCUACUGCGGCAGAGCCAGUCACUUGCUUACAAAGAGGUUAAAACAGAGCAUCAUGUCUGUUCAACAGGACGCCACACAGAGAAGAAGGUGAUGAUGGGGGUCAGCAGGCGUAAUAUCAAAGAAACGGUGCCUAACAUCUCUUAGGUGAGAGUAGCUCUUCCUUUGGUGACAGUGAGCUGGAUCAAAAACAGACUCGGGUUAACAACGAGUCAUCAUUUGUUUACAAACCGCCUAUCAAGACACUGGGAAUGCAGAAGGGUAGCCUGUUUUGAGAUUGUAUUUAUUUUAUUUUGUCAUUUUAUUCUACAGCCAGUGUUGGUGCAUAUCCAUCAAAUGAACACAAUGGGUGUUAAAUGUGGUAUAACUGUAGUGGACAGUGCACUGAUGCCACUUUGCCCUGCAGAGAUUUUUGGACUUCAUGGCCAAAAAGAAAAAAUGUUUUCUGUAUGUCAGACAAUCAGUUUGUAUUUUUGUUUUAUUUUAACACAGAAGCUACAAUCACUUUUCAUUUCUGUAGUGAUUUUUAUUAACAAAAAAGACUUAUCAAGAGUAUUCUAUUAGAUUUUUAUAUUCAUUUCUACUCCAGUUUAUUUCACAGAAAAGGGAUGCUUUCAUUUUCAGGUACUAUUUUCAGCUACUGUAGAUGAGAAUGUUCUUUUGAGGAAAGCACUCAUUGAGAAUAUUUUAAACAUUUUUCAUCAGUAUUUAUUUUUGUUGGAUAUGUGCAUCUGGAAGAAAUUUUGAUGUCUGUCUUAAGUUUUUAACAGGGGUCUGUCAUUUCAUGUACUUUGAUAUGGGAGUUUUCAGUACGUCGUGUACUGUAUAUUGUCAUAGCAUAUCUUUCUUUUCAUUAAUUUUACAAGUAACGACACAUUGUCCUAUUACGGUACAAUAUAUGGGAUUGUUGUUUUUAAUUAAACCAGCUGGCAUGAAUGUGUAUGUUUAAAAAAAAAAAACCCGCACAGCUGAUUUAAGAAAUCAAUGAUUGUAACAGAUGUUUGAACAUUUUACUGCAAAACUGGAGUAAAUAUUUUAAAU